AUGCGUUUUGGCUACCGAGUCAGUCUUUACACUUCUCUGGGUAACACCAUUUCGCCCUUCAGUACCCCCGGGCUGAACUUCAACACCGACGAGGCAGCGUCACGUCUUUGCUGCUCACUCGAAUCGCACUGGAGCCUCGAUUACCUUUUAUCUGGUUACAUCACCGUGUCAGUGUUUCAGCCGUGCCUCCACUACGGUCGUGUUGAUGUCAACUCCUGCCCUGGACUUGUGCUCACCUCACCAGCACUGCGCCAACCUCCAGCUUUUGUUGCUAAGGCUGCCGCGCGCGGCAUGCGUGGAGACUUGUACGAUGCCACCAGCCAGCUGCUGAAGCUCGCCAACACGCCAAAGGCAGGACGCAAGACGAGCAUCGAUGAAUCGAAGGACGUUGUCGAGGAAAGCCCCACGACGCCGCAGAGUAAGGAGUUCCCGACAAAGGCGCCCUCCGACAACGACGUCGCUUACGAUCGCCAGCUCACCAAACGAGCAUGGCUCCAGUGGCCCACUGUCCUUCUAUACGGUUACAUGGACCUUCCGCGAGACCAACUUCUUUCCACCCCCGCAGUCGUCCUGACCCUAGACUCGACUUCGACCGCACACCUUUCCCGCAAUUCCGAAACCCCACCGGCCAAACUCCCAGCCCCUACGGGCAAUACCUCCCAAUCACCGCACAAUCCACUAGCCUUCUCGAGCGGCUCGGCCAAUGUAGCGCAGACCAAGGCAUCCCCACAGCCAUCAACCCCGGAAUGGUGGACAUAUUGAAACCUGACCAAGAUGGCUAGGUGAAUUCCCGUAGAUGACCGAGUAAAUGUCAGUACGUCUGGGAAUGAAUCAAGACGACUCUCCAUCCCACCCCUUCGUGAGUUCCUCGUUUGCCUAGUGAGAAACCCG